AAGCAACCGAAGUUGCAUGCGGCGACUCCAAACAUUGAAAUCGUUUUUCUUAGUUGUGAGAGAGAGAAUAGUUUGCUUGGAAGCAAUCACACGCAGCAGCCGCUCUCACAACUCGUUGUUGCGCUUUCGUUUGCCUUUCUUCUUCCCUUCCGUUCUGCACAGAGAGCCGUUUUUCCUCCUCGGUCUGUUCUCAUUUUCCACAUCACAUUUUCAUCGCAAAUAACUUCUCUAAAUUUGUUUUAUUUUUCUAAGAUCGUGUUGUAGACGAGUGCGUCUGCAGUGCGCGGGCAGCGGUCGUGUUUGCGGACCCACGCGCCUUUUUCUUUCUGGCUUCGUCGCUUUUUCUUUCUCUUUUCGGCUAUAACUCUCGUUGGUAGUUUUGAUUAAAUUUCCAAGUUACAUAUCACCUAAGCACCCUUCUUUUUUUUCUCGCUCGAUCGGUCACUCGUAAUACACUUUCUUCUUUCCUGUAAAUUUGCUGCCUAAUGAAUUCACGGGUCGUGCAGAUCCCUGUGCGGAAGCAGGGUGCGUGGGAGAAGGGACACUGGUCCACACGCAUUCUCACCAUCGACGUCGCCAGCGGCACGCUCACCAUCAGCCGCUGCCAUCAUCCAAAGAAUAUCCUCUACCACUCGAUCCAGCUGGAGUCGGUGCAGAUGUGGCCGCACUUCGUGCAGCGCGACUUGGAGGAGUACAUCAACUCCAUCCAGGCCAAGAUGACGGUGCGCUUCGUCGGCACGGUGGUGCCGGUGCCGGACUUUUCGCGGAGGGAAGCGGUCACGUGCGGACGGGCUGCGGUCACCGCCACUGCAGGAGUCGCAGAGGCGCAGCCUCCGUCGAGAGACUCGACCCCGCCUAGCGUGACGUUGCUCUCUGAUCCGUCGUCCACGGCGUCCGACUUCCUCUUUAUCGCCGGCGAUGGUACGAAGAAACCGCGCACCGUGGAGAAGGUGCUGGGGCGAGCAAGCGAGGUCUGGAUGAUCCGCUUUACCACCUUCCAGUCGUACGUGUUGGCACUGAGGCUGGUAUACGCCAUGAAGAACGCGGAAGGGCAACGGAAGCAGCUGCUGGGCAGCACCGCCGAGCACGACUUGGAGGUGAUCCAGCAGGAGUGGACAAAUGCCGGCGGUGCAAGUGGUAUACACGCCGAAAUGAGGCUGGUGUAG